ACACCACACUCUCUCCCCACAAACAUCUCUUGAACUCUACUUGCAUUUCACAUUACACUAUUCUUAAAAUGAAUGACACUGAAAAACAACCACAAUACUCCCAAACAGAACUACAAAUAAAUCAUCAUCAUCUUCCAAUCACAAAAAAUGAACCCAGCCUCAAAAACCAAUCUUCAUUAUCAACAAUCCUAACACAAAUCCAUGCAGGCUAUUUCAGAAUCAGUCUCUCCCUCUCAAUCCAAUCUUUACUAUGGAAAAUCCUAAUAGAACCAAUCAAAGAUGCACAUUUUCUUAGACAUAUAUUCACAACAAUACCCUCCACAGCUCUCACUCUUUUAUGGUCACUUUCCUUAUUCACACUAUUGACCCUCUCCUUUCUCUAUCUUCUCAAAUGUUUCUUCCACUUUGACAAAGUGAAAGAUGAAUUCUCCAACCAAAUAGGCGUAAACUACAUGUUUGCUCCAUGGAUUUCAUGGCUACUUUUGCUAGAAUCCUCACCUUUUGUUCCACCUGCAGCACUUCAUUACAAAAUCCUCUGGUUAUUUUUUGUUGCUCCUAUAGUGAUCCUUGAUGUUAAGAUUUAUGGCCAGUGGUUUACCAAGGGAAAGAUGUAUUUGUCGAUGGUUGCGAAUCCGACGAGUCAGAUGUCUGUUAUUGGUAACCUUGUUGCGGCACAUGCUUCUGCGGUGAUGGGAUGGAAGGAGAGUGGUAUAUGUUUUUUCUCUCUUGGUAUUGCGCAUUAUUUGGUGCUUUUUGUGACGUUGUAUCAGAGGUUGCCGGGGAAUAACAAGAUUCCGGCGAUGUUGCGGCCGGUGUUCUUCUUGUUCUUUGCUGCUCCUAGUAUUGCUAGUUUGGCUUGGCACUCGGUUUCUGGGAGCUUUGAUACUGUUUCUAAGAUGCUGUUCUUUCUCUCCCUCUUCCUUUUCUUGUCACUGGUUUCAAGGCCUUUGUUAUUCAAGAAGUCCAUGAAGAAAUUCAGUGUGGCAUGGUGGGCUUAUUCUUUUCCUCUAACAGCAUUGACACUAGCUUCAGCACAAUAUGCUCAUGAAGUUAAGGGAAUAAUGGCUCAUGUUAUUAUGUCAGUCUUAUCACUAAUCUCAGUUUUGGUGUGUCUUGUGUUAAUGAUUGUAUCUGCUCUCAACAUUAGGGUGCCUUUUAAAGCACACAAGCAUAUUUUAAAACAGACAAAUGACAUUGUUGUAAUUUGAACAAUAUUAAUUAGUUCUAGUUUCAAAUGUAUUUUAGAUUGCUUUUUUACUGGGGCAUAGAUUAUGCUA